CUGAUGUGAAACAAUAGGAGCCACAGUAAUGGUGGGUUUAUUAGUGUCUCUGGAGAUUCAGUGAAUUUGGGUGGGUACUCUGAAUUAGAAUCGGUACAAGUUGCAGAGAAACGUUAACAUUGUGGUUUCAGUGAAAGGGUAAAAAAGAUUGUUGAAAGAAAUAUGGUAGCUGCUGGCAAUGUGGAUGGAAAAUGGAGGUGACUUCUCUCUCUAUCUCUCUCUUUCCUGAAAAGAAGAUGGAAGGGGACGAUGGUUUGAGAACUACUAUGGAAUGUUUACGAGGGAGACUGCUUGCAGAAAGAGCGGCUUCAAGGGUUGCCAAAGAAGAUGCAGAGCAAAUGGGAAACAAGAAGAUGGAAGGGGACGAUGGUUUGAGAACUACUAUGGAAUGUUUACGAGGGAGACUGCUUGCAGAAAGAGCGGCUUCAAGGGUUGCCAAAGAAGAUGCAGAGCAAAUGGGAAACAAGCUUAUUGAGCUAGAGACCCAGUUGAGAGCUGAGAUAAAAUCAAGGAAUAAAGCUGAAAAAAAGUUGAAAUUCCUGAUGAAAAAACUUGAGUCCAUGAAUAUAUCAUAUGUUUCUGAUGAAUCAGAGCGUUCCAGCCUGUUGGAGAAGAGUGAAAUGUCCUGUGUGUCAUCUACAGCUUCUUCAAGCAGUAAAGAACCAGAAGAUAAGGAAUCCAUUACCCAAAUCAAAAACUUCCCCAAAUGUGACAUUGAAGAGCCAAUGCAGAAGACAGAGCUCCUCAUGAUCAAGAAUUUGAAGCAGAAUAUUUUUAAAACUAGUACAUCUACUCAACACCACAUUAUUAGUCCUUCAAAUGAAGAGACUUUGAGUUCUAGAGGCACAGCUGAUUCUGAAAGGUCUGAGGAGCUUGAAUCAAGGCACAACUACAAUGAUUCAAUGACUGAUAAUCAUGGUGAAAAAACUUCCAUAGAGGAAAAGAACAUUAAUGAAGAAAAUUACCAGAAUGAGGAUGGCUAUGUCGAUAACUCGUUGGCAUUAGUUCCACUUGAUUUGCCGAAGACAGCAGAUCAGAUCCUUGAUCCAGCUAUUCUUGACUCAACGGUUAAAGAAGUUCUCGAUGCUUUAAGGCAUGCUAAGGAAAAGCUUCAGAGGUCAAUGGACAGCAGACAUAUGUUUACAAUUGCCUCUAGAUAAAAUUUCUAAGUGUUCUUGUAUUCUAAUAUUAAUUUCAGCUAUAAUAGCACAGAGGUCCAUUUUUAGGGAUUUUUCUUAUCCAUCCUUGUUUCAACAUACAUACAGAGGUAAGUAUAGUCCUCUUGUUCUGCAAAAGUGGCUAAAUUGAUUGUGCAUUUGAUGAUAGCAAUGAACAUCUGUAAUGCUGCUCUUUAAGGCUUCGAUGUACUAGUGCCUGCACCAAAACAUCUUGAAGAUUUCAAUAAACG